AUGUAUUUCUCAGACAAUAACACCUGUCAGGAUGACGAUGAUAAUCUCCUGGACCCAAUUUCUACUGAUCCUCCGCCUUUUCUCUUUGAACGUCGCGAACACAUAGUCAAACCCAAAAACAUGGACACGUCCCAUAGGAACGAAGGUCGACCAAUACAAACUAAUAAGUUCUAUACAAACAUGAUGCUUGAUGGCGAACAAAAUCCCAUUUGGACCAUCCCGUAUGGAUUAAGAUGGGAACGAGGACAGAUAAGAGGAUUUAUGGGUUUGAGUGUUUCUCAUGCUGACAAUGGAAACAAGGUAUUCGGUCCCGACCCCAACAUUCGACCAAUCAAGUUUUACAUUAAUUCCUAUGUUUCCAGCCUAAUAUUCUCUGCCGCAGAACUCGACAAAGAUCACAAAAUGACUUUAACCGAAAUGUCCGAAUUCCACACCAACAUCAACAUAUUUCCUUCCAGCGGAUCAGUCGAUGGAUCACAUAUAACUGUCUUCGCAUCUCGUGGAAUGUCAUUUAUCACUGCUGAAUAUAAGAACCUUACACCAAUAUUCAAUUCCGAGUUUGAUUUCAAGCAAGUCAAUCCACCACAAAAAUUGUCAAAUGGGUGGAUCAAAUAUAAAAUUUUACUUGAAGGAGACAUGACAUGGUUAUUGUAUGCUAGCGGUGCAAGUUUAAGGCUGAAAGCGCGACCGACACAUCGACUUGAAUCAACGGGUGAGAAAUAUUCCGGAAUCAUACAGGUAGCUAAAGUGCCGAAGGAUAAUCCGCAUGUUGAAAAAUUGUAUGACGAAAAUUUUGGAACGUGGCCGAUGGGUGCAGACUUAAUUGUUAAGAGUGAUGGUACCUACAUAUUUAAAUGGAAAAGCGGUGGCAACUCCUCGAAAUCUUUGCUAUUAUUCUCUUUACCACAUCAUCGAGAGUCAUUCUCUCCUGCUCCCCGAUCCACGGAUCUUCAGCUUUCCACCACAACGAAAGGACUUGCAAAAGCUUAUCUCGGAAACUCGUGGAUAUUUCGCGAGUCGGAACUCGAUGUUGAAUUCUUACCCAAAGAUUUUGCUACGAGACUAACGUUAGAAAAGAGGAAUGUGAUAUUGGAACAGGCCAAAAAGGAUUUGGCUGUGGACUUUGUGGAAGAGACUACUACCGACUCAGUUUAUUUCUCGGGAAAAAGAUUAGCUAAAAUGGGAUGGGUUUGUUUGUUGUUGAACAAGGUAUUCGGUGAGAAGCAAGAACUGAGAAAGGAGUGUAUUGAAAAAUUGAAGAGAGUCAUGGAUAUUUAUGCUCGGAACCUGCAACAAGCCAAACUCGUGUACGAAACCACUUGGAAAGGUAUAGUCGCCAUAAGUGGUUUUACCAUAGGACCCGGAGCAGAUUUUGGAAAUAGUUGGUACAACGAUCAUCAUUAUCAUUAUGGCUACCUGAUCCUUGCCGCUUCAAUCCUCAGUCACCUCGACGAAUCUUGGGGCAUUACAAACGAUCCCUGGAUCAUGGCUCUCGUCCGUGACGUAGCAAAUCCCUCCGCUAUCGAUCCCCACUUCCCUGUGUUUCGCGCAUUCGAUUGGUAUGUUGGUCACUCUUGGUCUAAAGGCAUAUUCCCAUCGGCUGACGGAAAGGAUGAAGAGUCCACCAGUGAAGAUGUGAAUUUUUAUUACUCCAUGAAACUCUAUGGCUUGUCAUCGAAACGGAAGAAAAUAACCAAGUUGGCAAACAUAAUGCUCGCAAUACUACGACGGUCGAUAAGGAACUAUUUUUUGAUGGAAGACGGUAACCAGAAUCAUCCACCUCAAUUUUCGGGAAACAAGGUAACCGGAAUACUGUUUGAGAAUAAAGUGGAUUACGCUACCUACUUUAGUCCAAAAGUCGAGUGUAUACAUGGAAUUCAGAUGUUACCUGCGACUCCAAUAACCCCGUACACGCGCUCAAGAAAUUUUAUAACCCAGGAAUGGAAACAAAAGCUUGUUGCAAUAGUCAACUCCGCGUCUGAUUCGUGGAAGAGCAUUCU